GACUUUUGUUUUAUUUGAUGAAUUUGUACAGUAAUGACUUCUCUUUCUUUGUGAAGACUGACUUUUCUUUCAGGAUUUAGUGACUUCAUUUCUUUCUUUUGCAACAGCAUAAUUGGUAUUUUUUCGGCCAAGAAAAGGAGGGGAUGAAAAAUUUAUCUUCUUGAAUACUACUAGCAGUGUUUGGCACCAGUACUGAAAGGGAAAAACCCAAAAACAAACAUAGUUAACCAUAAUAAUGUCUGGAGGAACCAAAUUUCUUUCAGUUCUUACGAUUCUCAUCUUCUUGCAGCUCUCUGACACCCCAUUUGCCAAACAGAACCAGCGUUGUGCACCUUCUAGUUGUGGGCAUAUUAAGAACAUCAGCUACCCCUUUCGAUUGAAAACUGAUCCAAAGCACUGUGGCGACGAAAAAUAUGAAUUAAGCUGCAAAGGAAAUCGCACCAUAUUAACGAUAUUUACAUUUUUAGAUUCUCUGAACGCCACAUAUUCAUGGAACGCUGUAGAUUCUCUGAACUACUAUGUGCAAGCCAUCAAUUAUGAUAACUCCACUAUCCGCCUUGUAGAUCCUGGGAUAAGAGAACAAGUUGUUUGCUCUCUUCCUCAGCAUUCAAUUACAGAUUACACGUUUUUCACUCCCUCUUUUCAAUAUGAUUUUUUUAAAAGUGAUGGUUCUGAUGCUCCUUUAGCUGUGAAAAUCGCUAUUUUCAGCUGUCCAUUUGCCAUGAAUUCUCCCGCCUUUGUGGAAAUCACUAAUUGUCUCAACAGGAGUGACGCUUCCAAUGUUUCUUCCAAGGGACACACGUAUGCAGCUACGGGAAACCUAUAUUCAUCUGAUUUGGGAGUGGGGUGUAGUGUAAACCUCAUGUCACUGACUUCAUGGCCUACUAUUGAUGAUGCAAAUGUUUCAAUCUUAGAGCUUCAUAAUGCUUUGGCAUAUGGGUUUGAACUUUCAUGGUUUGGUGACAUUUACUGUAACAAGUGCCGCAAUAUAUAUGACUGCGUAGGUGAAAAUUCAAGGAAUGUUCGCUGUCUGGAGAUCAACUGCAAAGAUUACAAUUUUAGAUUCUUCAAGGUGCAUACUUGUGAAAAUUCAAGGGAUGUUCGUUGUGAGGAUUACACCUGCAAGGUUUACAAUUUUGAAUUCUUCAAAACCUUAUGUGGUCAUAAAAGACAUGUUCUCAGUGUUCUUAUAAGUGUUCUUGCAGGAAUCAUCCCAUGGAUACUUGGAGAUAUCGUUGUGGCAAAAAUCAUACUAUUCCCAUGCAUAUUUGUGUUUCUAAUGAUUGAAUUACGAAGAAGGCAUUUGUCGAUUUUUGAUGCAAUUGAAAGUUUCCUGCAUAGUGAGCAUAAUUUCAUGCCUAUUCAAUACCCCUAUUCCAACAUAAGGAAGAUGACUAGGAAUUUUAAGGAGAAAGUAGGCCAAGGAGGUUAUGGUUCAGUAUAUAAAGGCAAGCUCCGAAGUGGUCCUGAUGUUGCAGUGAAGAUCUUGACCAAGCCCAAAGCUGAUGGGCAAGACUUCAUCAACGAGGUUGCCACAAUCGGAAGGAUUCAUCAUGUUAACGUGGUACAACUUAUUGGCUAUUGUGCUGAGAGAUCUAAACGUGCCCUCGUAUAUGACUUCAUGCCUAAUGGAUCACUUGACAAGUACAUCACACCCCGAGAAGGAGGAACUCUACUUAGCUGGCAAAGAAAGUCUGAAAUUGCUCUUGGAGUUGCUCGAGGUAUUGAAUAUUUGCAUCGAGGUUGUGACAUACAAAUUCUACAUUUUGACAUCAAGCCGCACAACAUACUUUUGGAUGAAAAUUUCGUUCCAAAAAUUUCUGACUUUGGUCUUGCUAAAUUAUACCCCACGGAUAACAGCAUUGUUACUCUAACAGCAGCAAGGGGAACAAUCGGAUAUGUAGCUCCAGAACUCAUCAACAGAAGCAUUGGUCCUAUAUCUUAUAAGGCAGAUGUUUAUAGCUUUGGAAUGUUACUGAUUGAGAUAGCAGGUAUGAAAGGAAACUCGGCAGCAAGAGAGGAUAUGUCAAGCCAGUAUUUUCCACAUUGGAUCUAUGAUCAAUUCGACAAGGAAAAGGAAAUUGAAGUACUAGACGAGACGCAUGAUGAUGAAAUGAUCAUAAAGAAGCUAACUUUAGUUGCUUUGUGGUGCAUACAAAUGAAUCCACUCGAUCGUCCGUCAAUGACUAAAGUAGUUGAAAUGCUUGAAGGUGAAUUACAGGCUUUGCAAACGCCUCCUAGGCCUUUUGAAUCACUGCAACCAUCUCCGUUGGAAUUCAAUCUGAGUUCUUCACUAGGUUCAACUGAGUCUAUGAUUUUGGUUGAGAAUUGUUCUGAUUCUGCAAAAGUAGAUGUAAUUAUAGGUUGACAUGUGAGUACCACAAACUGUAACUUCACAUUAUGUAAUAUCUUUAUGUAACUUUCUAUUUUUGUCUUUUAUGCCUUUAUGUGUAAGGAACAUGGAUUUUGCAAAUUAGAGUAGGGGUGAUUGACAGGAA